AUGUUUAAACCCAACCGCAGCCCCAGCAAAACAUGGAGCAGUCGAGAGGGCGUUCGGGGGGGAAAUGAUGUGGGCGUUUUUGAUGCAGUCGUUGUUGCUAGGAGACCCAUCAGAACAAUUGAGAGUCUCAUCCCCGACGCCAGAGAAAGCGUCACCCAAGCUGCGAAAGUCGAGAAACUUGUGGUUCGAAGGCAAAAUAAAGAAACCCUUGUUGGCAACGCUAGGGGACUCGAUCUGGCCAAUAAUUCUCAUCGUCUAGACGUCAAGCUUGGGGCACUCAAAAAGAAAAUGGCAGAAUUGAACAUAGCGGACAAGAGUCAAGAAGCACGUUUGGAAUUCCUUACCAAUUCUAGUGAAAGCUACCGACAAAUUGGGUCUCGUUUUCUAGUUUCCUUUAGUAACAAGCACUUCGGACGUACCGAAGAGAAGAAAAAAACUAUCGAGCAAGGAAAUAAGGUGGCUCACUGGGGCGACAUACUUUUCGACCAUACCCUUGAUGACAAACCUAACGGUAGUACCGAUACAGAAGCGUUCAAGACCUUGUAUGGUGUUUUGCCGAAAGACGUCGAACAGAUAAGUGAGUGAUCUACCCUACCCAUAAAAUCUCGUCCAUAACGAACAUGACUAGGCUAACUUGUCUACUAGAGCAUCACGUGACAAUUAAUCUUUUGAAUACCCACGCCAGCAUUCUCAGCUUGAAGCGCAAAAUAGCCACCCCGAAAUUCUUUGACCUGUUUUCAAAUUUUAUCUCUCUGUUUGAAAAGUCUAAGUUCGACGAGUCCUUUCAUGAAAAAAAAACGGAGGUCACCCUUGCCUACGAGGUGUUGGUCGGCUUCGCCGAGAACGAAGUGAACCGAAGGAAGCCGAAAAAACGUUCGUCCAGAAAAGCCAACCCACCCACAGCCACAGCACAAAGGCCUUAA